AAAAAAAAAACCGCGUUGGUGGGAAAUUUGUGACAGCUGGAAGAUACAACUUGAGGGUAGGGAUGGGAGUGUGGUUGGGGGGUGAAAGAGAUGGAAGUUCUAAGGAACUGAAGUUCUAUUGAAAAAAUAAUUUUGAAGGAACUAGAUAUAAAAGAACUAUCAUAGUUACUUUACAAGAUAUAUAGAAUAAAAAUAUCUUCCCCAUCAGUUUACCACAUACAUCAUCACACACCGAAAGAACAAACAAGAAAUCAAACAAAAGGGAAAAAAUGCACGCAAGCUUGCAAAGUAUGAAAACACCACCUCUUACAAUCGCGUACUGUGGUAAGAAAAGCAAGAAAGGUGGACAUUGUAAAGAGGACUCCACGGUAGGGAUUACGGUAGAGAUAGUUGUUACUAGAAAGGAGAACGCCCGGCAAAUCUAAGGGAAAUAAUAGUGACUUGCCUGGACGAUAACAAACUGGUAAGAGGUUUCGGGACUGAUUCCAAAACCAAGCUUGGGAAAGAAGUCUUUUUUUUUUCCCUUACAGCUUCCUUUGUUUCAACGCCCUCCUCUGGCUACGUAGCGCUAGUCUUUUUCUGGAGCCAAUCCAAGAGAUCUUUAAAUGAUGCUUCCCGCCACCCAGGAUUGGCCGACUGUGGACAAAAGAGCACACAACUUGGAGGCGGUCCCUCAGUUUCCAGAACGCAGGUAUUUACAGAGGCCAUACACGCUUCCACGUGUUGCUUAAACACUCCCUCUGUCAAAAUCAGCUGCAGCUUUUGACCACACCCCCUUUUGCCAGUGAUAGCCAAUGGAAUCAUCCCAAAUUUUUUGACAGCAUCUUUCCGGCUUAAGAUUGGGAGGGGACAGAAGAGCCCUUUAAAGUUUAAACCACUUGUAGCUGCAGUGCCAGAGUCAGAUCUCCGCGAGCACGUUUAUCUGGCCCUGGAGCUCCGCCUCUUCUCGCGAGAAUUAACGAAUGCCCCCGGAUAUGUCUGAAGGAUUCUGAUUCCGGUUCGGCUAGUAGGAGUUAUGCGGUCGCUCCUGGCUUUCCGAGCCGUUCGAUGCCUAUGGGCCCGUGGAGCACUAGUCAGGGCUCCUAGUAGGCUCGUGAGCUCUGGCAACCUUCAGCUGGAGGAGCUCUUUGCCAGCGGCGGCGCCAUGAGAAGUUUCCUCGAACGCCUGGCGAAACCCAGGUUCCAAGCCCCAUCCUGGGUACAGGGACCGGAAUUGGCGAUGGCGGCCCAGAGAUUGAGGGAGAAGGAGCGGGAACUUCAGGAGACGGAGCGGCUGCUGGAUGAUGAGAAUGAAGACAUAAGAAAACUUGCAGAAAAUGAAAUAAUAUCCUGUCAGAAAGAAUUAACCAAAUUGAAGCAAAAGAUAAUCUUACUCUUGGUUCCCUCAGAAGAAACAGAUGAAAAUGACUUAAUCUUAGAAUUAACUGCUGGAGUUGGCGGUCAGGAAGCUAUGCUGUUUACUGCAGAGAUGUUUGAUAUGUACCAGCGAUAUGCUACAUAUAAAAAAUGGCAUUUUGAAGUACUGGAAUAUUUUCCCAGUGAAAUAGGUGGCCUAAGACAUGCAUCUGCCAGUAUUGGGGGAUCAGAAGCUUAUAGACACAUGAAAUUUGAAGGAGGUGUGCAUCGAGUACAACGAGUGCCGAAAACUGAAAAACAAGGCCGUAUGCAUACCAGUACAAUGACUGUAGCAAUACUGCCCCAGCCUACUGAAAUUAACCUGGUAAUCAAUCCUAAAGAUUUACGAAUUGAAACUAAGCGAGCUAGUGGAGCUGGGGGUCAGCAUGUAAACACUACUGACAGUGCUGUUCGAAUAGUCCAUCUUCCAACAGGUGUUGCUACUGAAUGCCAACAAGAGAGGUCUCAAAUAAAAAAUAAAGAAAUGGCCAUGAAAAAGUUACGAGCAAAACUAUAUGGCAUGCAACUAGAAGAAGAGAACAACAAACGAUACAAUGCUAGGAAGAUUCAGAUUGGAACCAAAGGAAGAUCAGAAAAAAUGAGGAAACUGAGGCAGUCAGGGUUAAGUGACAAAGUCACACAACUAGGAAGUGGCCACAUUUGAACUUUCAUCUUCCUGCUCUCGGCCCAGCACUCCCAUCAAUUAUGAUACUUAGCUGCUCAAGACAUAUAAGAAGCACUUAUAAAAUGCUUGUCAACUGAAUGACACAGUAAGCACUUAUUAAAUAAUUUUUUCAUUCAUUUAAUCACUAUACAAUAUUGUGUAUUUGAACAUUUUUUCCCACUCUCCAGAUCUCAUCUCUUAUCACUGUGCACCCAGUCAAAUUAGCUUACAAGAAGUCACUGGAUACUCUAGAUAAAUAAUUUCCUAGUUCUUAUUUGGCCAUUUCCCAACCUGGAAUGUAACUCCUUCCUAGUUUCACUUUCCCUGAGAGACAAACAUCUUUUUUUCUUCAAAACAUAACUGAACACAAUCCUUGGGAUACCUUUACUGAUCAAUCCUUAGGUUCAUUAUUCCUUUAUUCUGUGUUUUUUCCACAUUCUUAUAUUGUAGCUAUUAUAGUUCUUUUACUAGGGGAGGGGACAUAGUACAGUGUAAGAAUGCUUGCUUUGGAGCCAAAGGAUCUGGAUUUGAAUGCUGAUUCUUAUACUUUAUCCCAGCUUUUUUUUUUUAGAGUGCUGGGUCUACUAUUGAUAAAGAAUUAACAGCCCACAAAAAUCAGCUAAAAAGUAUUCCUCAUUGCCCAGAUAAAUCCCACCUUCUGAAAGAAGCCUUUUUAGGUAAGGUCCUCCCUCAAUGAUAUGGCCUUCUUUUAGAGCCUAAACCAGUAUUUAGUAUUUACACAGUUGUUUAUGAGUAGUCCUACCUAUUUGAAUAUGAACUCUUUGAGAGCAGGGAUUGUCUUUUGCCUUUCCAGGAAUCCCCAAAGAUCAACACAAUGCCUGGCACCUAGUAAGCAUGUAAUAUGUUUUUAUAUAAUUAUUAAUUAUGAUACAAUGUAAUUAUAUUGUGUGGUAUAUUAUGAGUAAUAUAUGUAAAAUAUACAAUAAAUAAUAUAAUUAUAUUAAGUAUAUUAAUAUAUGCCAGUUGACUGACUCCUGGAUUCUAACACAAAUUUGCUUGCAGGAAUAGGUUAGACUGGAAUUGUAUAUUUCAGAUUGAUGAGCAAUCCCAGGAUGAAGAAACUCCCUCUUAUUUUCUCCAGAAGUUAGUCUUAGAACUUCUAGCACAGUGAGGGGUUAGAUAAUUUGCUUAAAAUCACACAAUCUAUAUGUCAUUGUCAGGACCUGAAUCUAUGCCUUCCUGAUUCAAAAGUCAGCUCUCCACUAACUACAGUCCUGCUACCUUUCAGUGCAAGAAUAGCAACUAAAAAACCAGUCAUCAGAGUAAUUCAACAGCAUGGCACUAGAUAAUUUUCUUCCUGACUUGUGGCUCAAAAUAAAAAUAAAUAAAUAAACCUAUUGAUGCCCCCAAAAGCAGGGCUCCUCCACUUAGAUCUUUUAAUUUAUCCCAAGACCUGGAGCCUGGCAACUAAGUUUGUAUUUUGGAUCUGAUACUUUCACUAACUAUAUCAAAUCAAGUAAUUGAGUCUGUUUUCUCAUCUGCUGAGGUUGUAUUAGAAGAUAUCUUCAUCUGCAGAGGGCCAUUUCUCUCCACCAAGUAGUUUCCCCCAUCCAGAACAACUUGUCUGCUCUAGACAUUUUACUUCCAUUCCAGCCAAAAAGACCUUGCUACCCUUUGCCUGCCCUACCUCUUCCGAAUUCAUAAAACUAAUUUACUUCUAUUUGAGUGCAUUGCAGAAAGCACAGUAGAUCUCGGAUUAAAGAUUUGAAUCCUGGCUUUACUAUUUACCUAGCAGUAUGAACUGGGAAAUAUUCUCAGGGGGCUUCUGCAUCUUUUGGUGCCAAAAAUAUACAUGGUUCAUACUUUCAGUGAUCAAGGAAAUGACAUUAAAGGUAACCAAAAAGCUGUUAAUUUGAAUAAGGAAAUAGGAGUUCAGAACUUAGCAAUUGUAUGAGCCUGGGCAAGUAAUUGCCUCAGUUUCCUCAACUAUAAAACGAGGAUAUUAGCACCUAUCUCCCCGGGUUAAAGUGGACCAGUGCCUGGCACACAAUAAAUUCUGUAUACAUGUUAACUAUCAUUACUAUUAAUUGCCAACAUAAAACCGUGGACAGGAUGAAUUAUCCACUUGCACCAGUAAAAUGGUCGAAGAUUUUCCAGGAUUUGAUCUUCAUUAAUGGUCUUGGAAGAGUGACUCCUGAAGAGUAGAAAUAAAGUCAAAGAGAUUCUAUAAGGAUUCUGCAUAGAAACUUAUAAAACAGACAAAAAAAACACUUGAAAACUUUAAAGUUUCUCUUUCCCUCCAAUUAUCCCAGUUGGCCCCACCCUCCCGCCAGAAUCAGGGAA